AUGGCGCUUAUCGACUACCGUUUGCGCAUAACGCUUAAUGACGGCAGGCAGCUUACGGGCCAGCUGCUCGCUUUCGAUACCUUUAUGAAUUUGGUGCUUGCGGAUACCGAGGAGUUUCGUCGGAUAAAGCCGAAGAAGAAAAAGAGCACGAGUAAGCCGAACAAAAAACAGAAACUCGCGCAUGGCGAUGCUGCCGAGAGCAAGCGCCCGGAAGAAGAGGACGAGGAGGAGGAGGAGGAGGAGCAGGUCCCGCCUGUCCAGGAGCAGAAGCGUACGUUGGGUCUCUUGAUUGUGCGCGGCGAGACAAUUAUAAGCUUGAGCGUCGAGGCGCCUCCGCCAGAGCCCAAGUUCGAGGGCGGGCUCGCGCCUGGGCCAGGGCAUGCCGUGCCUGCUGGCCGCGCAGCUGGAUUCGGCGGACCUCCCGGCAUGCCGCGUCCGCCGCCGCCGUUUGGCGUGCCGCCGCCGGGAAUGCCAGCGGGUCCUCCCCCAGGCUUUGCGCCGCGGCCUGCAGGUGCGCCGCCUGGCUUUGCGCCGCCGCCGCCGGGCUUCAGGCCGCCGGGCGUGUAG